CUUCUACGACGUAGCGCUGUUCUGGUGUGGGUGCAGCGUAAACAGCACGACGGUACUCCUCUUGGGCGUUGCCACAGGCAAACAUGGUAUCACGCCGGGCGCCAUGUUCUAUCUGGUCGUUGCGGUGAUGGCACCUUGCUUUUUGUACCAACUGCGGCAUCAGAGGAUCGUUCAAACGAUGACCGGACCCAGGAAGCGUUUGAAACACCGCAAGGGGGACAUCAUGUUUCUCUGCUACCUGUGCGCCGCCGGCUUCAUUGCCAUCUUUAGAGGCUUGGCAGUCCUCGGUACGAACGUCGGCUGGAUAACUCGUUACGUGACGUUUGUGGAGCCUUACCUGCUUCAAAGGGACCCGGCACCUUUCGCAAAGAUGCAGAUGCUAGUCUACCUCUUUCAUCACCUUCCACUGCAAUUUGCAAGUGCCUUUGCACUGCUGGUGCCUGGCUGCCAUUGGAUGCCCGAUUUGAGUGUCUUCAUGGCUGGUGCCAUGCUUCAGGGCCAGGUGGCACACAUCGGAGCGUCGUUCCACCCCCGGACGCCGUACGUGAUGCGGGUGCCGCCGGAACCGGCGUCAUGGGUCACCUUCUGGACGGUGAACCUGCUGCUGGCCUUGGGACCCCAGUUUCUGGCGUACAGAUGUCAGGGCGACGUCGACUUCUUUGCGCUCCGCUCGGUGGGCGACCGCAAGCUGUCGUAGCCGUGGCUGUCCCUGCUCUACGGGUUGUCGUUCUCUGUAAUGCUUUUGGUUCGGCUCUUGAGAGAGAUUGGCACGAGGCUGAUUGGCACGAGUCCUUCGCUCCUUCACCUCUAAUUGACAGUGUGGUGGGAGCUACGCGUCCACCGGCCCAAUCACUCGCCACCCUUUCAUCACCUGACCCCGUCCUCUUCGCCACGCGAAAGACGGACCUAGGACUGGUCCAAAGAGCAUGUGGCUUUUACCAUACUGUCAGCUUAGGGGCAAAUGGACUAUAAUAUAGUCCAUUCUAAAUUUCAGUCAUUUGCACUGUAACUUUUUUUUAUUGGGAUUUCCUCUACAAGGUUCUCGUCCUUGGAAGUGCUUUCAUCUUGUUUGUGGAAUGGGAUUGGCAUGAGGUUGAUUGGCACGAGUGAUAAUUCAUGUCUGGUGACACCCUCAAUUUUUAAAUUUCAAUGUGACCUGCAGCCUUCUUUUUUUUUUUUUUUUUUUCAUCAGACGAUUUUUUGUACAAGUGUAAGGUAAGCAGUGGUCCUUGUUUCAAGGCAGGCGAAGUGCAGCACCUCAGGAACAACCCCUGGAAUCUCUAACAGAAUUUCAAGAUGAGUUAUAGUAGUACAACCCCAAAUGCACAUUUCGGAGCAUCAUAAGUUUUAUAAUAAUUUUUGUUAUAAUUUUUUAUAUAUUGUUCUUAUGUUUUUCUCAAAUAUUUUUCCACUUAUUUAUAUAAUUUUUGACAGAGUUGGGACGUAUAACUUCCAAUAUAUCCUUGGUUGGGCUCGACCGUCUUUACAGAUUAAGCAGCUUUGAAAGAAGACUAAUCUUGAAAUUUGUGACCAGAUAAUAAAGAAAGCGCUACAGAACCUUUCUCGACCACAAUGAGGUUCGAAGGGUCCCUCGUUUGCACAUCUUCUUUACAAUACUUUAGGGUCCAGCAUGUCAUGGUUUCACGUGUCCUAAUCACUCUUUAGUCAUACUACAACUAACUUUAAAAAGAAAAAAACAUCUUGUGGAACCUACUUCUAUGUUCAAAUUAUGAGAGGCUGAUGAUAGACCUAACAUUAUUAUGUUAACAUCAUCUUAAGGGAUAUUGUCACAUUGUCUUUUUCUCCAGAGUUUGCAAUCCCAGUUGUAGACCUGAUUAUUUUUUUGUUCGAGUAGCAUUUUUUUUUUAUGGUAUCUUCCGGUUAGAGUGUUUGUUAUGACACAUUGUAGUUUUUACAACAGCACACGAACUAGAGAGAAAGUAAUGUCAUCAGCAGUGCACAUUCUAAAGUUCUUGAGUCAUAAGGUACAAAAACCUUUCAAAAUCGAGGCUCACCGGGAAGAUUUAAAGUUCAUCAGCCAGCGGCUGACUCUUUUAGCAGAUAGCCCUAGCUAUAGUAGUGCCGGUUGUCCUAAGUCGUAAAUCGCUGGAUGGUUAACCUGCAACUUGUAGAGGCAGCUGUGCAAAUCUGAUUUUGUUGUGGUUUCAGUCAGUUCUUUGUCCACCAAAGUUUUUCUGUUGUAGGUAGAUAAGCUAUGUCAAGACCAGUGUUUCCAUGUAAAAAUAUUGUAGUAUUAUUACCAAGGUGUGAGUGGAUAGCUUUUUUGUGCAACAUUGAACUCAAGUGCCCUUUGAAAAUAUACGGUUGCAGCUGUAGAAACGCUUGUAAUUUUUUUAUGGAAAGGGACUAUUGCCAUAUCUUUCAUCGCUUGCUGUCACCUCCUAAUGAGGCCUCUAUUUAUUGCUUUUUUGACUUUGAUGUGCCUUUAUUCAGUACCUUCCUCAUUGCCCAUACUAUUUAUUGGGCAGCAUUUGUGGAGGAAAUGAAUUUCCAGUUUCAUGCUUACUUGGUAUAGUGAAGCUAAGCAGAAGGACUGCUGAAGUUCAGUGGUUACUUUUGCACUUUUCUGUGACACGGCUUGAACGUGUCCCUAUCUACAGAUAAAUGGGAGCAGUACUUAUGGGCCAGAGGUUUACAGUUCACAUCAGUGCUCUUAGGUAAUGGUGCUUUCGUUAGAUUAUAUAGAGGCUUCUCAUCCAAGAGCACGAGUCAUCUCAGACAGCCCUUACCUGCAUGGGCCCUGCCCUUGUCGAGAGCAUUUGAAACGGUUUUUGAUUCCUCGAGAAGUUUGCAUUUCGUAAGCAUAACGGCAGCCAACAGUAUAUGCCAACGAGGUAGUCGGAGUUUGUCGAAGUCGACUUGUGCUGCGACUGCUAUGCUACUGAUGUGGUAGGGGUAGUAGUAGGUUGUAGUAGUUUACAAAAUGCCUUACAGCGAUCUUGUCGGCAAAAAGACUGUGAUUUAUAACGAGUGUUGGCUUCUUGUGACCUGCACUUUGUAGAUCUCUAACCGUGUGUUACGAUUUUUGUUUUAGGGUUCUGCGGCGCUUUUGUUGCAAAUGUUUUAAACUAGGUUCAGUAUUUUGGACUUUGAAAGGUCACAGACGUUUAAAGUAAUCCAAAUAGUCACCUCUUAAUAAGUUGUUUUGGUACAUCGGGAAAAUAAUUUUGGAAGAAGCAAACACUGAUGUGCCUUUGGAUGUUUUUAUUUGUGCUUUGUUCUUGAAGCUAUAUUUAUUUUUUGUCUCUGGCUUUGUUUAUUGUUUGUUCUCAACACUGAAGGUAGCGCGUUUUUAGAGCGGUAUUAAAAAAUGCUUUUUUCUUUAAUUUUUUUUUAAAGUUUGGUUAGUUAACAGGUUAAAUGCAAUUGCCUCGAUUGUUAAAGAGUACAAAUGCGACACAGAAUUACAUAGCGUACACGCACGGUGCCACCGUUAAUCGAAUUAUUGAAUAAAUGAAUUUCUGCAGAA